AUGUGGAAUAGUGUCUUGAGAAUCACGUCUAUUCAGCAUGCCACCAUUCUAAGAGGCUAUUGCACUAAGACAUGCUAUUCCCAGGUAAAAACGUAUCCGGUUGACGAUUCUGCGAAGGUGCUACGACAUCUACAUUUCACUGAGCAGUUGCCGUUUGAGAGAGGAUUACAGAUGCAAGAGAAAUUUGUUAAAGCUCAAUUGGAUGUUAAGGAACUCCAUUCAAAGAUUAAAAAGAGAUUGAAGAAACUUCAAGAAGAACAUCCUAAUGGUACACUGGAUGAAAAGGAGCAAGAAGUGAUUGAUCGUAUUUUGGAUGUUAGACUAAAUCCAAUGGUUUUGACAUUUGAAUUUCAACCGACUUAUACCGGAGGCAAGCGAAUAAAGAAGACUAUCACGAGAGAGCAAAUUUCCAGAUAUGAGAAUUUCAUUCCACUAAUCCAGAAAGAGAACAUGAAGCCAAAAUUCGUCCAAGUCGAGAGAGGAGGACAGGUUACAUUUCAUGGUCCUGGGCAACUGGUGGCAUAUAUUAUUUUGGAUUUAAAGACCUUUAAGGAUUUUCCAGCAAAAUGCUUCGUUUCGAGUAUCGAAAGCGCGACUAUUAAUGCAUUGGCUAACACCAAGCCUCAUAAUUGCCAAGAUUCUCUCAGGUUGCAAGCCAAAAAAACUGCUGAGACAGGUGUUUGGAUCACCGACUCUGAGAAAAUUGCCAGUCUCGGUGUCCACGUUAGAAGAUCUGUCACUUCGCAUGGGGUGGCUAUUAAUGUUUGCCCUGAUCUAUCAUAUAUGAACCAAUUUGAAAUGUGCGGACUUUCGAACAGUUUAGCUACCUCAAUUCAAGAGCAGAAACCUGAAGCUGAUGUCACUGUUAAUGAUGUGGCCAACAGCUUUGUGGAUGAACUUGCAAAAAUUGUCGGGAUAGGGACGGUCGAAAGAACAAUUAUAAAAGACAUGGAGUUUUAA